AUGAUAUUCCCUGUGACUGAACUAGGUGCACCGUGGGAUCAUGUAACUGGUCAAAAUUACAACUUAUGGGUGAGGAUUAGCAGAUCAUUGAACGGGUACGAACAGACUGAUAUAGAAACACUGAAGCAGAAUAAUAUUAUGCUAAGGGAAAAAUUAAUGGGUUUAAUAAAUGGAGAAUACAAAGAAUUAAUGAACCGAUGCAAUGCUCUGAUAAACAGCGAAAACGGAGGACUCGAUGCGAAGAACGCAUCAUACCAGAACUUUCUAGAGAAUCUUUCCGAUGUAACAAAACCUAAUGAUAGCUCUAGCUCACGAUCUAGAAACCGUAGUCCCCGCGACAGUUCGAAGAAGAAAUCGAAAAGUACGAUGGAUCGUGGUAACGUGGACAAAUCCAACGAGUCUUUAAACUUGAAUAAUUUUGAUGAGGAUCAAGGCAAGGAAAAGUUUGGUGGAUCAUCGAUUUUUGGCAGCACGGAGAGUCUAUUUGAAGAACGAGCCGAUGAUGGUGACGAUAUUAAUCAGGAAGAUAGAGGCAGAAUUGGUGAAUCAUCAAAAUAUGGUAAUAAGCAUGGAAGAUUCUCUAUUAGAGCGAGAGGUGAUAUGGAUGAUGAAGUUCGCCAUUACAUAAAUAACUUACAACAGCAGUAUAAAUUUUGCGACAGUCGCAGUGGAGGUUUUUUUAAGAACACCGCUUUGGGUAAAAUGUUUAGAAGAUUAAAUUUUAAGCUUAAAUUAAAGAUGUUACGAUACAUAAGGAAUAAGGCACAGAAUGGAAACAUAAAAGUAAAGCCCGGGAGACUUUUUAAUGCAUGGGUUCGUACUGUAAUUGCGAAUAACCGAUGGAUGCCGAGUGCUAUGGUUCCUUUUUUUUAUUAUAUAUCAAUAGUGUGUUCUGUUCCCUACAUUGGCAAUUCAUUGGGAGCCAUCUUGUACAUAAUUACAGGUAUAGUAGGUGUAGGAAUUAUGGCCCUGAUGGUGAUAUUCCAUUUCUUCAUUCGCAAGUGA